AUGGACGACCCCAACUCUUUUACCGACCCUCAACAUUCCACCACCCAGGACUACGAGCUUUUCCCAGACCCAGACUCAUUUGCUGAUCCUGUGUUUUGUCAGCGCACUGCCGAGAUCGAACGCCAGAUAUCCCAUGUUGACUUCACCAUGAAGAAUUCGUGGCUUCCCUCGUCCAUGCCUCUAUCGACCCCAGGCGUGCACCUAAAUCCAACUAGUUCACCUUACAGCAUGGAGGCCCGAGCCUAUCCUAUGGUGUCCGACGUCUCCCCAUCCUUUGGUAGUGGCUAUUCAUCCACCGAAGCUGAAACCCCUCCAACCAAUAAUUGGGGAAACAUGGGAUGCUAUAUGUCCCCGCCGGCCAGCUGCGCGGACUCAGUGCUGCCGCCACUCGAUCACUGGGGCUCUUGCUCCCCGGGACCUUCUGUGAAUGUCGAGCCCUCAGUCGCUCCAUCUCAGAUUGUGCAGAACUAUCCUAUGCCCAUACCGAUCGCUGAACUCGAUGCUCAACUCGACGCGGAACGCAUACCAGGCAAUGAGUCAAUCCCUAUGCAUAACCAUGACAUGCACCAACACAGCCAACUAGACCAUGCCAGCGACACACUCAGCUAUCUUGGCGCAGGACAAGCACCUGACCAGGACUCAUUUGUCUCGCCUAGUCCCCCACGUGUACCGGCAAACCAACACGCUGGUCAGGGAGAGGCGACGCGUUACAAUAACCGCAGCCAGAAGGGUUCCCGGAAGAGAGAACCUGUUACUUCCAAUUCUGCCCGCGUUUGUCGGACGUCCGCCAAAUCAAAGACCAAAAAAGGCACACGGCCCCGUCGUACCUUUGUUUGCACCUUCUCCCGCUAUGGAUGCACUAGCUCCUUUGCCUCUAAGAAUGAGUGGAAGCGACAUGUAACAUCACAGCAUGUCCAGCUAGGAUUCUAUCGCUGUGAUGUGGGCCAGUGCAAUAUUAACAAUGCGAGCAGAGCCAGACCCAUGAGCUGCACCAACGAUUUCAACCGCAAAGAUCUUUUCACCCAGCACCACCGUCGGAUGCACGCACCCUGGGCCAAGUCCAGCCAAGCCACCGAAGAGGAGAAACAACAAUUUGAUGCGGACCUUGAGGCGGUGCGCAUUCGAUGUUGGCAUGAACAACGCCGAGCGCCGCCUCGUAGCGCAUGUGGCUUUUGCGGAGAGGAGUUCGCUGGCUUUCAAAGUUGGAAUCUGCGGAUGGAGCAUGUCGGUCGCCACUACGAGAAGGGUGAUGUCUCUCUGGACUCGGAGAAGGAGGACAUUGCCCUUCGCGACUGGGCUAUCCAGGAAGGAAUCUUGUCCUGGGGUGGCGGCAGGUGGAAACUGGCCUCUCGCCGUUAG